AUGCCAGUGUCGAAGUCUUUGACCAAACUUCAAAAGAAUCAGAAGGGAAAGAGUGUCGCGGUCCACCCCAAGGGCCGUAAAUUCCAAAAAUUGGCCACCGCUACACUACGUGAAGACAAGAUCUCUGCCAAGAAACGGUCCCACAACGAACGCAGAACACAUGAGUUGGGUCGUGUUAAAUUUCUUCAGGAUGUCGUGAAGAUGGAUUCUUUCCAAAGCAGAGAGACGUUCACACUUGAAGAAACGGUAUUAUUUGCCAAGCAGUACAUCGGUCGCGACGAUGACGAGCUGGAAGAACUCAAGCAAAAGAGAAGAUCGAACAGACCUCCUUCCAACAGACAGGUUGCUCUACAGCAAAAAAGAGACACCGAAAUGAAAGAACUAGAGUCCGGGUUCUUGGUGCCGGAUCUCACGGAUGCCGAUAACGUGGCAUUUCUCAGGCGUUGGAACCACAGCUUUGGGUCCAUGAACCACUUACAGCAGAUCAGAGUUAAUGACAAAGCGGAGAGAGUUAUUGGCGGGAAUAAAAGUGCACAGAGCUCUGCAAUCUCGAACACUGCAGACGUGGAGAUGAAGUAG